AUGUCAAUCACUCAGUCGAACCUUCUGAUGCUCCUCCCUCUGGCGACAACGUCACGUCAGCGCCAUACCCUUCUGGCGAUUAUCGCUUCGAACGUAAUUGAACGGCCCAUUAUCCCUGCCAUUCGUUUCUCGUUGGAGUCUACGACAAAUGCAAACGCAACCUUGGACUACCGCUUUGAUGUCGCUGGCAUCAAGGAGUUGGGAUAUGUACUUGGAUUGCCUGCUGUGGUUAUUACCAGCAAUCGAAUCCGGGUGCACCGCGACGAAGCACUGUGCAUUUUGCUGGGACGGUUGGCCUUUCCAGUCCGGUUCCACACAAUGUCGAGAACCUUUGGCCGUUCGCGUUCGUCAUUGUGUGAAAUUUUCCUGCACGUAGUCAACGACCUAUACGAGCGUUGGGGGUCGUUGCUGUUCUUCAAUAAAAAGUUGGUCCAAAAGAAUAUCAACCGGUACUGUGCUGCUGUUGCGUCCAAGGGCGCCCCACUGUCCAACGUUUUUGGAUUCAUCGACGGCACCAAAGUUCAAACGUGCCGCAUCACGACCACCGGGACCGGGGAUAACUUGCAGAAGCAAAUCUACAGCGGCCACAAGCGCAUUCACUGCCUCAACUACCAAGCCGUCACCGUUCCGGAUGGCCUGUGUGUGCAUUUUUUCGGCCCUGUCGAAGGGCGACGACACGACACUACAAUGCUCCGCCUCAGUGGAUUGAUCACAUAUCUGGGUCAGCAUCGCGGUGUGUUUGAUGGCAAGCUGAUGUAUGGCGAUCCCGCCUACGGUAUUGUACCCUACCUAAUCUCGGGGUUUAAAGGCAACAACUUGUCGGCGCAGAAGCUUGAAUUUAACAAGUGGAUGAGUCGCGUGAGGCAAUCCGUCGAGUGGAACUUCAAGCUACUCAAGACACUGUGGUCCUACAUUACGUUCAAAAUGUUGGCAAAGAUUCGGUUGUCACCAGUUGCAAAAGUAGUUGCGAUCGCGAUGCUUUUGACCAAUUGUCAUUGCUGCUAUCAUGGUGGAAAUCAAAUCAGCGACUAUUUCAACCUGAAGCCACCCUCGUUGCGUGAAUACCUAGACACGUUACAGAUAAUUGAUGUCUAA